AUGAGAAAUUCGCUGUCGAACCGCACUCUGUAUCAAACGUUGUGCAGGAAGAAAACUUUCACUGAAGAGGUCGAACCGGGAAAAGAAAAGUUGAAACGAGUGUUGAAUAUAUUCGACUUGACCGCUCUGGGAAUUGGUUCCACUUUAGGAUGUGGAGUAUAUGUGUUGGCCGGGACGGUGGCCAAAUCCAUCGCUGGACCAGCGGUCGUACUGUCUUUCAUCGUGGCGGCGAUCGUCUCAUCGUUUUCCGGAGUUUGUUACGCUGAAUUCGCUGGUCGUGUACCCAAAGCUGGAUCUGCAUAUAUUUACAGUUACGUGACAGUUGGAGAAUUCAUUGCGUUUUUUAUCGGUUGGACUUUGUACAUUGAACACACUAUUGGUACAGCUUCCGUCGCCAAAGCGAUGACUAAUUAUUUAGAUGCUUUACUCGGAGAUCCUCAAAAGAGAUAUUUUAAAAAACAUUUUCCAAUGCAUGUCGAUUUUUUGGGUGAAUAUCCAGAUUUUGCAUCGUUCUUUUUCGUCAUUUUUAUUGCGUUAAUUGUGGCCUGGGGUGUCAAGAAAUCUUCAACCCUCAAUAAAGCGUUUACCUUGUUGAACUUGUUGACAUUGGGUACAGUAGUCGUUAGUGGCUUUUUUCUAGGUAAACUGUCCAAUUGGUUUAUUCCGAAAAGUGAAAUUCCACCGGGAGUGGAUGGCGGCGACGGAGGAUUUUCACCAUUCGGUUGGAACGGAAUAAUCGCAGGCGCCGCUAGAUGCUUUUACGGGUUUAUUGGAUUCGAUUCAAUCGCUACUACAGGUGAAGAGACAAAAGAUCCGAAAAGAACCAUUCCUCUAGCGAUCAUAUUAUCGUUAUUCUUCGUCACGUUGGCAUAUUCUAGCGUAGCGUCGGUGUUAACUUUGAUGUGGCCGUAUUACGAUCAAGACCCGGACGCACCUCUGCCCGUCAUUUACGAGAACAUGGGAAUGCCAAUCAUCAAAUAUAUGGUUACCUGCGGUGCGGUAUUCGCUCUUAUGACGACCUUAUUAGGAUGUUUAUUUCCUAUACCGAGAAUCUUAUACGCCAUGUCCAGCGACGGUCUUUUGUUCAAGUGCUUAUCGACGGUCAACGAAAAAACAAAGACUCCCGUUUUGGCGACAAUGAUUUGCGGAAUUGGCACUGGCUUGCUGUCGUCCAUGUUCAAUCUCGAACAACUCGUCGAGAUGACGUCUAUUGGCACACUCAUGUCGUAUCUGAUGGUUUGCGUCUGUAUUUUGAUACUCAGGUAUAAAAACAACAAUUCAGUUAGUCAGGACUUGGACAACUCCGAAGUUCAUAUAAUUUACAAGUGGUGGAAUGCAUCGAACACAGGACUGACCAACACGGAUUCUCAAUACGUGUCGAGAGUGCUGAUACUCACUUACACAUUUGCCGCGUUUGUGUUUUGCAUUUGUAUGACGAACGUUAACUAUUGCGAAGGGUAUUUGCAGUUAUCGUUGACUAUCGUAAUUGGGAUUUCAAUUGCAACCUUAUUGAUUUCCCUGUUCAUGUUAUGUAGACUUCCACAAGCCGUCGAAAAUCUGUCGUUCAGGGUACCUUUUGUUCCUCUAGUGCCAUGUUUGAGUAUACUACUUAAUAUAUACUUAAUGAUGGAGCUGAAUAUCAAAACUUGGAUGAGAUUUGGUAUAGGGAUUGUAGUAGGAUUAUUGAUAUAUGCGUUCUACGGAGUUCACAACAGUUUGGAAGGUUUUAAACAACAAGCAAUUAAAGACAAAGAACACAAACAAGAUCCGAAAAUCUCUUACUAA